CUUGAUUUUUUUUCAAAGAAGCCAAUCAGCGCCCGCGGUCAGAUGCUUUCGCUCGAACAACCCAAUCAGAAACCAUUGUACCGACAAUUUAAAGGUCAGCGCAGCAUUUUCUGAACAUUUCCUUUUCUUCAGAGGAGAGGUUUUACAUUUGAUCAGGACUUAACUUUGCCGUUUUCGGCUCGUUUUUUUCCAAUCAAAAAUGUCUGAAACUCCACGCUUGACUCAGUUUAAGAACAAAGGCAAGGAUGCCAACGAGCUGCGACGCAGGAGGGUGGAGGUGAACGUCGAGCUCCGGAAGGCGAAGAAGGAUGAUCAGAUGUUCAAGAGGAGGAAUGUGGCGGCGGCUCCGGAGGAGGCCACUUCUCCUCUUCAGGAAAGGACUCAAAACUGCCAAAACUCCAGGCAGUGGACGAUUGAAGAGAUCGUCUCUGGGCUGAACAGUGGCAGCCGUGAGUCCCAGCUGCAGGCGACCCAGGCCGCACGGAAACUUUUGUCACGCGAAAAACAUCCUCCCAUUGACCAGAUGAUCAGCGCCGGCCUCAUCCCCAAGUUUGUGGCCUUCCUGGGAUUGAUGGAUUUUCCUCCCAUCCAGUUUGAGGCCUCCUGGGCUUUGACAAACAUCGCCUCCGGAACGUCCGAUCAGACGGCCGCUGUGGUUGAGGGCGGGGCCAUCCCCGCCUUCAUAAACUUGGUCACGUCCCCCCACCUGCACAUCAGCGAGCAGGCGGUCUGGGCUCUUGGAAAUAUUGCUGGUGACGGAUCAGCUCUCCGAGACAGAGUGAUCAAGCAUGGAGCUGUGGCCCCUCUGCUGAGCCUGCUGGCCGUCCCUGACCUGAAUGUGUUUACUCCUGGCUUUUUGAGAAACGUGACGUGGACGUUGUCGAAUCUUUGCCGCAACAAGAACCCAUCCCCACCCAUAAGCGCCGUCCAGCAAGUCAUGCCCGCCCUCAUCCGGCUUCUCCACCAUGAUGACCGGGAGGUGCUGGCUGACGCCUGUUGGGCCGUUUCCUACCUGACAGAUGGUUCAAACGACCGCAUAGAGAUCGUGGCCGGGACGGGUUUGAUUCCCCGCCUGGUGAAGCUGCUCGGCUUUGAAGAGCUGCCCGUAAUUACUCCAGCUCUGCGUGCCAUUGGCAACAUAGUGACGGGUACAGACGAGCAGACUCAGGCCGUUCUGGAUGCCGGGGCCUUGUUCAUGUUCCCUAAACUGCUGCGGCACAAGAAGCCCAACAUUCAGAAGGAAGCCGCCUGGACUCUGUCCAACAUCACAGCCGGGAAGGACUCUCAGAUCCAGGAGGUCAUCGAUGCCGGCCUGGUGCCGUACCUGGUGGACCUGCUGGUGCGGGCUGACUACAAAACCCAGAAGGAGGCUGUGUGGGCAGUUACAAACUUCACCAGCGGGGGCACUGUUCAGCAGGUGGUGUACUUGGUCCAAGCAAACGUUCUGGAACCCCUGCUGAAUCUGCUCUCCUCCAAAGACUGCAAAACCGUCCUCGUCAUCCUGGAUGCAAUAACCAACAUCUUUUUGGCUGGAGAUAAGAUCGGGGAGUCCGACAAACUCAGCCUAAUGAUUGAAGAAUUUGGCGGCCUGGACAAGAUCGAGGCGCUGCAGGCUCAUGAGAACGAGAUGGUCUACAAAGCUGCUCUCAAUCUGAUUGAGAAGUACUUCUCUGAAGAGGAGGAGGUGGUGCAGUGUGUGGUUCCACAAGCAACGGAUCACUCGUACACUUUCCAGAUCAGCGAUGACCAGAGCACUUUCAAUUUCUAAAUGGCUUCUGCUGAUGUCUGCACUGCCGCCUCUAUGCUACUGUUUGUCGGUUUUCUAUGUUUUGUACAAAAACUUUUAACACAAGUUUGUAAAUAAAGUUAUUGAAUCUUGC